AUGAAUUUAGAUAAGUGUUAUUUUAGGUAUACAGAAAAUGAAAAUAAAAUAGACAUUACAUUUUGGUUAAAAGUAAAGGACUCUUUUAGACAAUUUAAUCUAUGUAGAAAACCUGCAGAAACAUUGGAAACCUUAUUUUUUCGUAUCGGUACUAAUGUUGAAAAAGUUCUUAAGAAAUCAAAUAAGAAAAAAUCCUCUUGUGAUAACUCAGAAGUAAAUGUUAAGUUGUGUGACUCAAUUGAUGGUACCUUCAAUGAAAAGAGCACUUGUCUAGAAUUAUUUGCAGCAAAAGGCCCUGUUAAGUUAAAAAUUCAUGAUAGCAUUUAUGAAAUUGUAUUUAAUGCACCGUGGGUGGUCAGUAUUAAUCUGCCACUAUGUAUUUUAGUAGGAUUCCCUGUAUAUCCUGAAAACUUUACUAUUCAACAUGCCCUCAAGAAUUCGUGUAGUUUCAAUUGGUAUAAAGGAUCAACUAUCAAUGAAAAAGGAAAUCAUAUUAGUGACUUGCAUGUAAAGUGGGACUUGGUGGGUGAAACUUUCAUAUAUAGCCCAACACCUCAAGACAUAGGGAUGAAACUUAAACUAGAAUGUAUUCCAGGUAAUGGAUAUAAGAAAGGCCCUGCAGUUGAAACUAUUUCAAAAAAUGUUGUUGAAGCUGGUCCAGGAACAUGCCCUUUUGAGACCAGACACAAGUUUACAAAUGAAAAAUUAAAACAUAGAAGUUUUCGCUGUGUAACAUAUAACAUAUUGGCAGAUUUGUAUUGUGAUUCAGAUUUCACAAGAACAUCAUUACAUCCAUAUUGUCCACCAUAUGCAUUACACAUUGAUUAUAGAAAACUUCUUAUUUUUAAGGAAUUGCAGGGUUACAAUGCAGAUAUAAUAUGUCUUCAAGAAGUUGAUUCAAAAAUAUUUAACCAUCAUUUACAACCUCUGAUGAAAAAUGAAGGACUGAAUGGUUUAUUUUACAAGAAGGGUAGGCAAGUGACCACCCGACCUGAUAAAUUUAACCUUAAAUUUAUCAUACCACCUGUGGUGCUAAAAGUCAGACUCGAACGUAGCUGGUGCAGCAGUUAUGAACUGCUUUCUAUAUUAAAAAAUACAACAUUUACAACAGCAAAAUUAUCAGGGCUAAUAGGUGACGAAAAAAUUGUCCUAUCUGAAGCAUUAAAAGAAAAACCUUGUCUGCAAUCGAUAUGGGAAAGAGUGAAAGACAAUGAACCUUUGAUAGCAAGAGUUUUAGAUAGAUCUACAGUUGCAAGUGCAUCAUAUUUGUUAUCAAAAGAUGAUCCAAAUUAUUUAUUUAUUGUGGGUAACACUCACUUAUACUUCCAUCCUGAUGCAGAUCACAUAAGGCUCAUUCAAGGAGGAAUCAUUAUUUAUUGGUUAAAUGACAUUCGCAGUACAUUAAUGAAAGAGUUCCCAGGUAAAAUAAUAUCUUUGAUAUUAUGUGGUGAUUUUAAUAGUGUUCCUACCUGUGGAAUAUACGAGUUGUACACUACUGGCGUAGCUGCAAGCACACUACCGGAUUGGAAAUCGAAUGCUGAGCAAGCUGUUACUGGACUAAGUUUGGAACAGGGUACAUUAUUAGAAAGCGCUUGUGGGACACCACAAUUUACAAACUUCACGGAGGGAUUUGCUGAUUGUCUGGACUACAUUUUUUAUGAUAAAUCUUCUUUGCAAGUUGAACAGGUGGUACCAAUGCCAAGUCUAGAAGAGCUACAAGCCAAUACUGCAUUACCUAGUGUAGUGUUUCCGUCAGAUCAUAUAGCCUUGGUGGCAGAUUUAAAAAUGAAUCAAAUGUGA